AUGAUUAUAUCCAUCGCAAAGUCCUCUAACCGGCUGAAGCUCUAUGAAGCUGGCCUAGAGCUCGUAGAUGCUGAGAGUCAGGCCAGGAUCAAGCGCUUCUACCACCGCGCAGAUGCUUGUCGCUGUCUCACUGGACGUCUUCUCCCACGCGUGCUUCUGAAGCAGCAUGGUGUGCCAGUCGCACAAAUAACAUUUGGCAAGACAGACGUCGGAAAGCCAUACUUCACGACGCCUCUUGACCCUGCAAUCGCCUUCAACGUAUCUCACGACAGCAGUUUCGUCGCGAUGGCUUUCGCUCCAGGUGGCGCCAACCCACCAUCGUACAGCGUCGGCAUAGAUAUCAUGGAAGUUCGUAUGCCUCGCGGUGAGACGUACGCAUCCCUCACUGAGACAUUUGGCGAACAGCUUACAACCCUCGAACGACGCCAACUACGCGCAUUGCAACCGGAGGAAGGCCUACGGCACUUCUUCUGGAUCUGGACAACGAAAGAGGCGUACACGAAGGCCCUCGGCAUCGGUCUAGGUUUCGACUUCAACCGCGUCGAAGUCGACGUCGCGGCGCGGACAAUUCGCAUCGACGGAGUGAUCCCGAAAGGCUGGCGACUGACCAGAUUCGAAGCUACAUCUUCCAGCGGCGCACCGUACAUAGGCGUAGCAGCCGAGCUGACGACCAACAAUGCACCUGCAGUCAUCACCGACGCAGGCAGCGAUACGCCCAUAGUGCGCUACGACGCGGCAGAGUUCAUACGCAAUGCAGUAUCAGCGCUAGGCAGUGACAAAUGA